AGAAGUCCUAGAAAAGUGGAAGUGGGGAAAGGGCAAAUUAGACAAGGUGUGAGGAUUUGGAGAAAGCUUUGCUGGAUUGGGGAAUGCGGCCAGUAGAAAAGUUAGACUUACUUGGGAGGAGCAAAAUAUUGCCUAAAGGCAGAGUGCAAUGUCUGGAUGUCAGGGUAUACGUAGCAGAGGGUAGUUUUUGUUUUGGCCGAGUCUGGAAACCAAACUGCCUUCGAGACAAAUACCGGCAAUCUCGAUUUCGAGGUUGUUUUGGCCCAAGGGAGAAAUAUGACUCAUCUCCCCUUUCUUUGGCCCGCAGUGGCUUCUUCUAUUCGAUUUUCCGUGGUCGGGCAGGGGUGGGAGUGGACCUACUAUCCUUACCUGGGGGCCCUGAAGCUGGUGGCUUUGCCCCUCUUUUGGAUUUUAUGUACACUUCACGCCUACUCCUUUCACCGGCCACGGCCCCAGCGGUCCUGGCGGCAGCCACCUAUCUGCAGAUGGACCACGUGGUAGAGGCCUGUCACCGAUUUAUCCAGGCAAGCUAUGAGCCCAUAGGUAUCUCCCUCCAACCACUUGAUGCAGAAUCACAGGCUCCUCUUAUGCCAGCAGCCCCUCCAGAAGGUAGCCCUCACCGAUUUGAGGGGCACCCGGACCCCCCAACAGAGUCUCGUAGCUGCUUCCAUGGUCCUCCCAGCCCAGACAGCCCACGUAGUCUUGAACCUGUAGCUUGCAACUGGAAGAAAUACAAGUUCAUCAUUCUCAACUCCAAGACGGCCCAAGCUGGGAAGUCUGACGCUGCUGCCGAACCAGCUGCAUCAGCAAAGCCCGUCAAUGGCGAGGAGGCCUCUAGUAGCAGCGGGGAGGAGGGUUCCUGUUCGGGAACUGGGAGCAGGCUCUCCCCGUCGCUUGAUCCCGCCUUGCUGCUCACGCACCCCAGCCAGAGAAACCUCGGAUCGUCUUCUGAAGCGUCCCGUCCCCGACCAGGGAAUAAUUUCUUCAGCUGCCAGGACUGUGAGGGAGGGACUGGCUGCCCGGCAGAGGUGGGGUCGCGGGCACUGGCCCCCCUCAGUCCGGGAAACGAAGACAAACCCUACAAGUGUCAGCUCUGCCGAUGUGCUUUCCGCUACAAGGGCAACCUAGCCAGUCACCGCACAGUGCACACAGGCGAGAAGCCUUAUCACUGCACUAUCUGCGGGGCGCGUUUUAACCGACCUGCCAAUCUCAAAACGCACAGCCGCAUCCAUUCCGGAGAGAAGCCUUACAAAUGCGAGACUUGUGGCUCUCGCUUCGUGCAGGUGGCACACCUCCGUGCACACGUGCUGAUUCACACUGGGGAGAAGCCCUAUCCUUGUUCCACCUGUGGAACUCGCUUUCGCCACCUGCAGACACUGAAGAGCCACGUCCGCAUCCAUACUGGGGAGAAACCGUAUCACUGUGAGGCCUGCAACCUGCAUUUCCGCCACAAGAGUCAGCUGCGCCUGCAUCUUCGACAGAAACAUGGUGCUGCCACCAACACCAAAGUCCAUUACCACGUUCUGAGGGCCCCUUGUUGAGGGUCAGGUUGUGGCCCAGCUUACCCUUACCCUUUUCUGGUUGCAGAGCUGAUAUUAGUCUAGUUUUUCACCCUGGGGAGAGCAGGGGUAGCAGAUCUACUAGAUCUGUUUCCAUUUUGCUGGUCAAAAUCUCUUCCCUAUCUGAUUUUUGCCUAGUUUCCUAAGAAUUGUUAGGUUGUCUGACAGGGAGCAGAACUCAAUUUCAGUAAUUUCAGUUCUUCUGUAAAUAUAAUUUAUUGGAGUUACUGUGUGGGGUUGAGGUUUUUCAUUGCAGGGAAUUCCCAAUUUCCUCAUUCCUCCCCUACCCCCAUUAGGGAAUUAUGUGGCUAGUAGUGAUCCACAGUAAGGUGAGGUCACAACUCUGCUGGCAGAGUCAAGCCUGGGGACCCCCUCUAUACCAAAGCUUGAAUAUUUCAUAUAAAUUCUUAUAUUGCAGCCAUUAUACCUAAAGAAACUUUUUAAAAAACCUAUUUAGGAACCCUGUGAGGGUAAUGAAGCCAAACCAAGCCAUUCUCGAAAGUAAUGGGUCUUGGAUCAAGGUUUCUCUCUGUUCUUGUAGAACAGUCUGACCCUUUGGGUAAUCAAGAUGUAGAGAAAAUAAACCCUUCACUGUGGCUCUUUAAGAAGUUUUGGGGCUCUGUAUUACUGCAAAGUGGGGGCUGGUAACCUCUAGAAAUCUGAUUGGCCCAUACUUAAUCACCUAGAAGAGGGGGGCUGGAUCCUUCAUGAUGAUUUUGAAUAUAAAAUUAUAAGUUUUUUUCUUAUCCUGUAGAGUUGGGUCUGGAACCUAACCUGACUUUUUAAAAAUUAGCUCUGGUUGUACAAAAACUGGGAACCUUCACGUUGGCUCUAGAAAGGAAUCUAGAAUUCCUUGCUACCUAGAGUUCAGCCUGCUUAUCUGCUGGGCUGCUGGAACUCCAACUGUGACAUUUUCCAGUUCUCUAUGUUGUCUUCUGGAAUGACAAGGACUCAGGGGUGGCUGAGGUGACACCUAAGAGUCUGUUUGGGGCUAUGACCUCUUUCCUUUAGUGUUUUCUCUGCCAGAGAAGUGAAUGACCAUUUUUUCCCCCUUGAUUCUGGAUAUUGCCUCAUUGGUCUCCUGCUGUAACUAGAAAACUCUCCUUUUGCCCAAGAAGUCUUGGGGGCUGUUUAAUAUUCUUCUUGUUGUUGGGUUUUUCUUUUAAACUUAGAAACUGUUCUGGAAUGUCAUUUUUUUUUGGGGGGGGGAUUUAUGAACCACAAAAGGCAUCAGAACCUGAGGCUAUAAAGAGAAGAUGUGGGCAGAGGAGAGAGAUACUCUGGGCUUCAUGGAACUGAAGAUUUUUCUUAUGAUUGAGCAUUUAAGGGACUGAUCGUAAUUUCUGAGUUGAAGUUAAGGGCUUCCAAAAGGACAGCCUGUGACUGUUGGACAGAAAAGUAGACUUUUGUGUGUCUGGGCCCAGAAUUAGAGAAGACAUUUACAACUCAUGUUGGUUUCACAAGCUGGGGCCAAAUGAGCCUGUACUUUGAUCUGCUACUUGAAAAAAAAAAGGGUUGGGAAUAAAAUCAAUUUCUUUCAAGGUAGAGAAGGCCUAUUACAGUUAAACAUCUUACAGCAAAGCUGUGCCAUGGAUAGACUGAUAUUCCCCUAUAGGUUAAUUGUGGUGCUGUGGGAGAAGUACACCCAUUGUAGUUGGGCAACUGAAUGUGGUGGGGGCUAGGGCUUAAGUUCAGUGGCCCUUCUUUCCCUAUGCCCAAGUGGAGAUAGAAAGAGGAGAGAUGUGAGAGACUAGAAGUGGUAUUUAGAGGGAGAAUGAAGGAGUAGGGAAAGUGAAUGGAAGAUAGAUCAAUGAGUGGAGAUCUAAGCUGGCAUAUUGUUCGAGCCUUGGAAUAAAGAAACAUCGAUGUCA